AUGAACAUCAUCAACACCCUUUUGCACCGAGUUGAGGCCUUCCGAGAAAAGAACUUAAAACGUUUCCAAAAUCAGUAUUUGAUUUUCUUCGUGGUGGCCACAUCGCAAUUACUAGAUUCCUCAAAUAUUACCGCAGUCGUGACAACGCUGUCCCAGAUUCAGGAAAAGUACGAUGCAACGUACCCGACUGCCAGCUGGGCCCUCAGUGCGUAUGCUCUGUGUUAUUCAAGCUUCAUCAUGAUCACAGGAAGGCUAGGAGAUAUAGUAGGUCACCAUAUCAUAUACACCACAGGUUUGUUUUUGCUGGCAAUCUUUCUUCUCGUCACUGCUGUUGCUGAGAACCUAUACGUCCUCAUUGUGUUUCGCGCUUUACAGGGAAUCGCCGCGGCAAUGACAAUUCCGUCCUCUUAUGCCAUUGUUGGCCAUACUUUUACCGGAAAGGCUUUGAACAUGGCACUGGCUGGAAUUACCGCAGUAACAACAAUGGGAGCCAGUUUUGGGUUCCUCGUUGGAGGGGCUUUCUACAGCACCUCAGUUGGCUAUAGAGGAGUCUUUUUCCUUUUCGCUGGUCUUGCCUUCUUGGCUUCAUUUCUUUCACUCCUGUGCGUGAAACAUACUCCGACUUCACCUGCAAAGUUAUCAAACCUGGACCACUACGGGGUCGCUGUCAUGCUUGGUGGUGCACUGUUAUUGGUCACUGGUCUGACCGAAGGUGGUAAUCGUUGGAAAUCUCCCAAGGCAUACGUUCCAAUAAUAGUUGGAGUUCUCAUGAUUGCGCUAUUUCUUCUGUGGGAAAAGCGUCUUUAUAGACAAUUUGCAUGGUCGCGAAACUCUGACUUGCUGAUUCCAGGCGAACUCUGGAGAAUUCCAAACUUCAUACCACUUAUCAUGAUCAUGGGACUGAACUUUGGUUCUAUGUUCACCCAAGCACUGGCCAAUGUUGAAAUAUAUCAGUAUGUAUCACAUCACUCAGCUAUCAUCUCUGCCUUACAAGCUUUCCCGAACCCGAUCACAAUUUUCUUUUGCACUUUCAUCGUUGGUGCAGUUUUUGGUAAAAUCCCUCCAAAGUAUUGCAUUUUUGUGGGUACCGCCUUGAACGUGGUUUCGGGAGUACUUUUGAGCAGACAAGGUGCCGAUACACACUCGUAUUGGAGAUUUGGUUUUAUGGGGUUGGUCGUUCUGGGUAUCGGUGUUGCAUUGACAUUAGUCAACACCUUGAACUCAUUGAUGGUGUCAUGUCCUCUAAGUUUGCAAGGUCUGUUAUCAGGUGCUGCCUUAACCUCAGCCCAAUUGUUCGUCGCUGCAUCUUCUGCUGCUAUGUCGUCAAUUGUUGGCGAUGUCACGAUUGGAGACUCCGUGGAGGAACAACAUAAGCUCUUGAAAAAGUAUCGCAAUGUGUAUUAUCUCUCGGUAGGGUUGGCAGGAGCUGCGUUUGUUGUGAACUUCUUUGUGAAAAAUGUGUCUGUGACCUCACCUGAGAAUAACAGUCAUAUUGUUGAGUCUGGAACGGAGACGAACGAGUUUGCUCCAGCCAAUUCUAAAACGGAAACAGCCAAUCAGGAGACUAAGUGUACCAAAACUAAUGGAACAGAUGAUUCCAUCCAUGAACAGGAACUGGAGAUCAAACGGGAUGCCUACUUGAAUAAGAUCGCUUAA